GACGAGUACAGCUAAAACUCACGUCGGCCGCUCUCCGCCGUCUCCGGCGCAAAACAGUUCGUACAUGCCACUAUCGUCUGUCGCACGCACUCACCAUCGUCAGUUUCGUCAACACACACAUCGUAAGCAUACAAUUACAUCCUUACCACCGGGGUAGAGUGGACAACUACAUAGGAAUUCGGUCGACUAUAUAAUACGUGCGCGUAUGCAGUCACUAUGUAAAGAUGCGACGGACCGACUGAUAAUAUGACAUCAAUAAAUGUUCCAGUGUUUUUCAUAGAAGUCACAUAACACUGGGAAAAUUCACAUUUACAACUUGAUAUGCGUACAAUAUAUUAUUUAAUCGAUGCAUGAUAUUCAGAAAGACGCUUCGUUGAAUAAAUGCGUAGACAACAGUCAUAUGUUCAAUGGAUGACGGAUCGACCGGCCGGAGACGUAUAUACGCGUGAGACAGAUUUGUCGUCGGGAUGAUUGACGAAACGGUCGUGACGGCAAACGGGCGCGCAGAAGAAACGGCCGGAAAUCGGCGGCGGUAGAAGAAAAAAAACCUCUAACCGGCGGCGUCGGGUUUGGCGGGAAUCGCCGAGCAUAUACAGUUUCGCAGACCGAGAAAGAGAGAGGGAGUGAACAAAUACACAUUAUCUACCGUCUCUCGUCGGGAUCUGUGCGGAAAAACUAAAGAGUCAAAAAAAAAACGGUCGACUGCUGACACGGCCGAAAUGGCCAACGGCAGUGGUGGCGGCGGCGGCGGCGGUGGCGGCGGGUUCGAAGCGCUGCAAAACGUCGCCCCGAACGUGUUUCCGCCCAUUUACAUACCGGCCGGACACGGGUCGAACGGCACGAACGCCGUGAACUUCAGCGAGGCCAUCGAACGGGAAUACGUGGAGGACUACGUGUUUCAGUCGGCUUUCUCGUUCGUCUAUCUGCUCAUAUUCACACUGGGCGUGUUCGGCAACGUGCUCGUCGUGUACGUCGUGUGGGCCAACAAGCACAUGCGCACCGUCACCAACAUAUUCAUCGUCAACCUGGCCGUGUCCGACAUCAUGCUCUGUGGGCUGGCCGUGCCGUUUACGCCGCUCUACACGUUCACCGGCCAUUGGAUGUUUGGUGAGAUAUUUUGCCACAUAGUUCCUUACGCUCAGGGCACCAGCGUGUACACUUCCACGUUGACGCUGACGUCUAUUGCCAUCGAUCGGUUCUUCGUCAUCAUUUACCCGUUCCAACCAAGGAUGACCAUAUGGACCACGGCACAAAUAAUCGCCACCAUAUGGAUAUUUUCUUUGGUAGCCACACUACCAUACGGCAUUUAUAUGGCCAACAAGGAGAUGUACGGGAAAGAUUUUUGCGAGGAGACGUGGCCGCAAGAGACGUUCAGAAAGAUUUUUGGUGCCAUUACUGCGAUUCUACAGUUUGUUCUGCCAUUCCUGAUCAUAGCGUUUUGCUAUGUCCGAGUUUGGUUAAAACUUAACGACCGGGCCAGAUGUAAGCCGGGUACGUCGACGAAGAACGCAAGGCGGGAAGAAGUGGAGCGCGAAAGAAAGAGCCGGACUAACAGGAUGUUGAUAGCCAUGGUGACUAUAUUCGGCGUGUCUUGGCUUCCGCUGACCGCCAUCAAUCUGUUAAACGAUUUCUACCUGCAGACGGCCACGUGGAAACAUUACUACCUGUUCUUCUUCUCUGCUCAUGCCGUGGCCAUGAGUUCCACGUGCUAUAAUCCGUUCCUAUACGCUUGGUUGAACGAGAACUUCCGGAAAGAGUUCAAACAGGUGUUGCCUUGCUGGCGCAACGGUUCCGGGUACGGUACAACCAGGUCUGACGAGGAAAAGAAGCGCCGAGAACGCGUUGAUGGUUACAGGUCCGAACGGACGUGCAACGGCAACGACACGUGCCAGGAAACGUUGUUGCCAACGUCCAUUGUUCUGCCGUCUGGUCGAACCACCGCCACCACAGAUUGCACCGGACUCGAUCUCGUGGAUGGAUUGAUGAUGGGCGAUCAAGAGGACAAUCAGGAUGCAGUUGAAGUUAUGUUAGUUGCGUACACACGCGAGGACGGUAUUUCUGGUCGUUCUAAUUUACAGCAGAACUCCAUUAAAACCCAAGUAUAAAUAACUCAAUGAACAUAUAUCAAGACACUAAUGAAGGUUCAAUACGAUUGCAAUUUCCGCCACAAACUACUUUACGCCUAGCCCAAAAAUAUAAGACUAAUAGUUGCCUAAGAAACAUUAUAUAGAUGUAAUUAAAAUGUUAAUACUAAAUUUAUUAUUCAUUAUUCUUAUUAAUUAUUAUAUUAAUUGUAAUAAGUAUAGCGUUUUAAUCAAUUAACUGUUCGUGUGUUAUG